CCUACCCUCGUGCUUGAAGUCCACGAAUUCACCAAUUUUCCAUCUUCACCAGACUUCACUUCACUAUUCUAAGUCUAUAACCUCUCAGACAUCAUAUGUCCUUCCUCCGUGGUCAUGAAUACAAACAUGCAAAUGAAUCUGUCCCCCUGCGGAAAAGACUCGAGGCCAACUUCACCUCCUCCCUACGUCGAAUUUCACGAUCCUUUCUCCGCCGCAUCUCUGGCAUAUCAACCCCAAAAAUCUCUUUGUCUUAACAUGGACACUGAAACCAGUCCUGGUAGACCUGAACCUCCGGCCUUAGCUGUUCCCAUGACACCUUCGUCUCCAAGCUGGCCUGUCCACCCUGAUCCUUGUCAAUUUCAGGAUCAACCCUUUAUGCGCACAGGCACGGAAGAGGUUCCCGAGCCUGCUUCAGACCUUUGCCCGGACCUCCUUGACUCCUGGUACCCGAGGUACCUGGCAUGCACGCAGUUCUUUGUUUCCUAUGCGCAGCAUACCCCGACAGUGCAGUCGUUGGCCGCAUUUCUCAACAUUCGACUGCCUUGCCAGCAAUCUGGGGCCCAGGCAACCCAUCCGUCAUUACGCGCCUACAUUCGGCGCCUCAUUGUAACAGCACAGGAUAGUCCUGAGGUGCUUGGCGCGUUCUUCGGAGAAGAUUGGGUCGGGGGAGUGGGGAGCAUUGUCAAGCAAGAGCGGGUGAAUUACUUGUUUACGGCAAAGAGCGGCGGGUGGGCGUCAACAAAGGCGGCGUAUGAUAUUCUGCCGGACGAACAAACGCCAUUUCUACGGCCAUUGCGAGCAGCUGCAGAGGAAGAGUUACGCGAAGCGGAAGCCCGCUGGAGUGAGUGGUUGGCAAUGGAAGAUUGGAUGGUUGGACCGCGCAGUCCAUGGUGA